AUGAAUUUCCGGUUUGCAUACUACAGUCCACCAAAGACCGACAAGAAGCGGUCACGGAAGUCAGUCAUACAGAAAGCCAAGGACAGGACUGACUCCAGAGGAACCGAAUCCACACUCACUGAGCAUUACCCUGCACAGAAUACAAUAGCGACAGAGCAGAUAGUUCCGGCUUCUACGCUUCGUCGGCGCCGCAGAAGUCUCGACUUUAGUAGUCCAGGCCCUAACUUACUCAGAAACCACAACUCAGACCCUGGAAACGGCGCUGACUUCAACCUUGCUCUGACUGCUCUUGGAGUAGUAGACGACGACACGGACGAUGAGACUGUUCUGCGACGGCGACAGACAGCGACGGAGGACGCUCAGCUGCUAGGUCGAAAACAUGGAGUCGCAGAGCUCUCCACGCUACUCGGACAGGGCUGGAUAGACCCGUUCCAGAUAUAUCCCACAGACGCGACUCGAAUCGUGCACGAAGUCAUCGACCAUGCUGUGCGAUUCAAGUGGCCUAACAUCUCGCCAGCCAAGAUGGCGAUACCAGAAGGGGCGCCAAUGACGACCUGCCGACUUGACGGAGGACCUUUCCACCCAGUGAAAAGAGCUUGGCUGCAAUGUAUUAUGGAACAUCCCGUGGCAUUCUAUGCGCUAGCAUAUGCCAGCUCGCAGCAUCUUGACUGGCUUCGUGAAGUAGAGACGUUUGCGGGCUCGGACCUUCUCAGGCUAUCAUACAAGACCGAAGCAGUGCGACUGAUCAACAAGGAGCUCCGCGAGCUCAACGGACAGUCCAUUCCAGACUAUGUUGUUAUCAGCAUUCUCUCUUUAGGUGCUCACGGUAAAGAACGAUCGGUAUCGUCGCCAAGGUCGAGCACAACAUCCCCAGACAGCUCGCGGUUGGAAGUCAGCAGCUUCCCGCGACUAAACUAUGGUCUCAAUCCGAUGUGCAAGGCACAAAUGAUUCACUUCUACGGCAGUAUGUCCCAAGAAGCAGCUCAUAUGUCGGCACUCCGGACGCUCAUAGCGCACAAUAACGGCAUCGAGGGCAUCAAAAUGCCAGCUCUUCGAGGCGCGGUAGAACUCGGCGACAUCCUCAACUCCACCAUCACUCACCAAAGGCCCUGUGUACCAGUCCCACGGCCUAUGCCUCGCCAGAUCGAAGCCAUUUAUUCCGAGCCAACAUGCCACUUGCGUCUCAAGACGACCUCAUUACCACCGUCAAAGCGCCAGUCAGCAGCCCUCAUACAAUGCUUCAAGGCCUGUAGGGCCUUCACAGCCGCGUUGAAGGCCCACGUAUCGUCACCUCACAGUUCAGAAGUCACUGUCGAUGACCUUGUCCUUGCUCGAAAUUCCAUACACUAUGAUCUGCUAAGCCUUCCAACGGCGAAUGGUUUCUGGGGGCCGCGCUAUGCUAUCUACGAAGCGUUGCGUGUGGCGUCACUGAUAUAUUCAGACUUCGUCCUCUUCCCUUUGCCCCAGUCAACAGGUCUCAAGCGAAGGUAUGCUGCAAUGCUCAGUGAAGCCCUUGGCUGCUGCUGGCUGCACGAAGAAGAUGGUGACAAAGGCUGGUGUACGCAGGCAGAGCCACUGCUGUGGUGUUGUGUGAUGGGUGGCAUGGCUGCGGCCGAGGCUGCUGACGCGGACGACGGGAAAGGGACUAUGGCCGCAGCCCAAGCACCGUUCUGGGAGAGGGCAAAGGCGUGUACGGACCACCUAGGGUUGUUUGGCUGGGAGGAGGUGGAAGAUUGCUUGCAGGGCUGGCUUUGGUGGAGAGAGUAUUUAGCCGGCGUGGCGAAAGCGUGUUUUGACUGGGCUUGA